GAUCGCUGCUCGUAACCUCGUUCAAGUGGUGACGUUGAAGGUCCGAUGCUUUUCAGGAAAAUAAUGCGUGUCAGAAAUUGCGGUUAGAAAUUCGUUAAUGCACACACUUGUAGCAAUUAAGUUGCUUUAGUUUGAUAGAGACACGUCAUUUGCCGACAUAACAAUUGCCGACGACAGCAAGGCACAAUAAUGCACACGGUCCUAACACGCGCAAAUGCUAUUGUAGCAUAUACUUUAAGCGUGUCGGCUUGUUUAACAUUUUGCUGUUUUCUCUCAACAGUUUUCAUCGAUUAUAGAGCGAAAGCAACUUUAAAUACUGUAAAAGUUGUUGUAAAGAAUGUGCCAGAUUAUAGUGCAUCUAGGGAAAAAAAUGAUUUGGGUUACUUGACUUUUGACUUGCAAACUGAUCUCACUCCAUUGUUCAACUGGAAUGUUAAACAGUUAUUCUUAUAUCUCACAGCAGAAUAUCAAACAGAAAACAAUGAAUUCAAUCAGGUAGUUUUAUGGGAUAAGAUAAUGCUUCGUGGAGACAAUGCUGUACUUGAUUUCAAGAAUAUGAACACAAAAUAUUAUUUCUGGGAUGAUGGCAAAGGUCUCAGAGGAAAUAAGAAUGUAACGUUAACGUUAUCCUGGAACAUCAUACCAAAUGCUGGAUUGUUGCCUUGUGUUAAUGCUCUUGGUUCGCAUACAUUUGCAUUCCCAUCAGAAUAUACAACGUUACGUGUAUAACACAUUUAAAUAUACACAUGGUAUACAAUAAGAUGUAUGAUUUUAUAAAUGUUUAUGUAUUUUUUAUUUAAAAGCGUAAAAUAGCAUGUACAAUAAACAUAAAUGUUUA